CCAUGCAAGUGUUGGCUGUCGGUGUUGCUGCCGCCUGUCUGUGCUGGAUGUGGGAGCAGCUGGGAGCGAACGGCCCGGGGCUGUGGGCAAUUGUUGCAGGCUCAGGGCUCUCCUGCUUUGGCUUUGCCGCUAGCCCCUUAUACCCCUAGUUUCUUUACCGUCUCCAGAAAGCCGGCCCGGGCUGUGCCACGCCGAUGUGAGGAUGUCAGUGGCAGGACUGAAGAAGCAGUUCCAUAAAGCCAGUCAGCUGUUCAGUGAAAAAAUCAGUGGAGCAGAAGGAACAAAACUCGAUGAUGACUUUCAGGAGAUGGAAAGAAAAAUUGACAUCACUAACAAAGUUGUUGCAGAGCUUCUCUCAAAAACUACAGAGUACCUGCAGCCCAACCCAGCAUACAGAGCCCGGCUGGGAAUGUUGAACACCAUGUCCAAAAUCCGAGGACAAGUCAAAACUACAGGGUACCCACAGACAGAAGGAUUACUGGGGGACUGCAUGCUUCGCCAUGGGAGAGAAUUAGGGGAUGAAUCAGAAUUUGGAUGUGCAUUGCUAGAUGCCGGAGAAUGCAUGAAACAGAUGGCAGAGGUGAAGGACUCACUUGAUAUUAAUGUCAAACAAAACUUUAUCGACCCCCUACAGUCCUUACAAGACAAGGAUCUUAAAGAAAUUCUGUACCAUUUAAAAAGGCUGGAAGGGCGUCGUUUAGAUUAUGACUAUAAAAAGAGGCGCCAGGGGAAGAUCCCGGAUGAGGAAAUCAGACAAGCAGUGGAGAAAUUUGAAGAGUCCAAGGAACUAGCAGAAAGGAGCAUGUUUAACUUCUUGGAAAAUGAUAUAGAACAAGUAAGCCAACUGUCUGUAUUUGUAGAAGCUGCCUUAGACUAUCACAGACAGUCUGCUCAGAUUCUUGAGGACCUACACAACAGGUUACACAAUAGAAUGAAUACAGCCUCCAGCCGACCAAAGAGGGAAUUACAACAUAAAUCAAUAAUUGCAACCCUGGAGUCAAAUGAAAAGCUACAUCACAAUGGGAUUCCCAGCAACUCAUCAAUCAAGCCAUCAGGUUCCUCUGGAAACUUGGACCAGCCUUGCUGCAGAGCACUGUAUGACUUUGAGCCAGAAAAUGAAGGAGAACUUGGAUUUAAGGAAGGAGACAUCAUUACUUUAACCAAUCAAAUUGAUGAGAACUGGUUUGAAGGUAUGGUCAACGGUGAAUCAGGAUUUUUCCCUAUUAACUACGUUGAAGUGGUGGUUCCGCUUCCAUAGUGAACCAUGGACUGAGAGACAAUUUCAUCCUGUAAAAAACGAAACAAAAGGACUUGCAAACAUUUUGAAUGUGGCAUUCUGUGAACGCCUUGCUACUGGAGUGACUUCAGAUCUUUAGUAUGUGUCAUCUCUUUUAUAUGUAUUUAUUUUGUAUUAAUUUUAUUUUUAUGAAUACAUUGACAUCAAAAUACAAAUCUAUUUUUGUUCGUACUGUUCUAUGGAGACCUCCUGCUUACCUUGUUUGAGAAGUAAUACGAUCCUGUGUGUAUCAGUUCCUUACUGAAAGUCAAGGUUUUAUACUCCUCUCAAAGUAUUAGACUGCCCAGGGUGAAAGGAAGGCUACUCUCAUGGCUAGCACAAAAUACAAAAGAUCAGUUUUGGCAGGGGCUAGUUUAUUGCCUUUUAACUGUGAAUAUUCUAAUACGUGUUGCACAAUAUUUGUUAACAAGAGUAGACAAUGUUGCUAUGUUAUUGUAAACUGUCUUAUUAAAAAAUACUAUGUUUAUCUGACCAAAUCUAAUAAAUAUAAAAAGCUGAUUGUCAAAA